AUGAUCCCUUAUUUGGCCACCACUUGCCCACCCCGUGCCCCCCCCGUUGCCCGCCGCAGGGUGCAGCUGGCCGUGAACCGCCGGACGGAGGAGGCGGUGGCGGUGAAGAUCGUGGACAUGAGGCGGGCAGCCGAGUGCCCGGAGAACAUCAAGAAGGAGAUCUGCAUCAACAAGAUGCUCAACCACGAGAACGUCGUCAGGUUCUACGGGCACCGGCGGGAGGGGACCACCCAGUACCUCUUCCUGGAGUACUGCCGGGGGGGCGAGCUCUUCGACCGCAUCGAGCCCGACAUCGGGAUGCCGGAGCCGGAGGCGCAGCGGUUCUUCCAGCAGCUCAUCGCGGGGGUGGUCUAUCUGCACAGCAUGGGCAUCACCCACCGCGACCUCAAGCCCGAGAACCUGCUGCUGGACGACAGAGACAACCUGAAGAUCUCGGACUUCGGGCUGGCCACCGUCUUCCGGCACAACGGGCGGGAGCGGCUGCUGAGCAGGACCUGCGGGACCCUGCCCUACGUGGCCCCCGAGCUGCUGCGACGCCCCGAGUUCCGCGCUGAGCCCGUCGACGUCUGGGCCUGCGGCGUGGUGCUCACCGCCAUGCUGGCCGGGGAAAGUGUGGUAGACCUCAACACAGUGGAAGGAGAAUGGAAGAACACCACCAUGAACACAUUCAGAAUUAACAGACAGUCAGCAGGCGUCAAGCGGAGUCGUGUGUCCUCUGGGGGGGUCAGCGACUCCCCCGGCGGCUUCUCCAAGCACGUCCGCUCCGACAUGGACUUCUCCCCAGUGAAGGGCGCGCUUGGAGAGGAGAAGUCGGGCUACUCCACGUCGCAGCCGGAGCCCGGCACCGGGGGGACGCUGUGGGACACCGGGGCGGCCACCAGCAUCGACCGGCUGGUGCAGGGCAUCAGCUUCUCCCAGCCCGCCUGUCCUGAGCACAUGCUGCUCAACAGCCAGCUCCUGGGCACCCCCGGCACCUCCCAGAGCCCCUGGCAGCGGCUGGUGAAGAGGAUGACGCGCUUCUUCACCAAACUGGACGCCGAAGGCUCGUACCGCGCCCUGAGGGAGGUGUGUGAGAAGAUGGGGUACGGCUGGAAGAAGAGCUGCACCAACCAGGUCACCAUCUCGACCACAGACAGGAGGAACAACAAGCUCAUCUUCAAGGUGAACCUGGUGGAGAUGGAGAGCAAGAUUUUGGUUGAUUUUCGCCUCUCCAAGGGCGACGGCCUGGAGUUCAAGAGGCAUUUCCUGAAGAUCAAGGGCAAGCUCAGCGACGUCAUCAGCACCCAGAAGGUCUGGCUGCCUGCCACCUGAGCCCCCUGACCCCCAACCUGCCUCCUCUUCUUCCUCAUCUUCCUCUUUCUCCUUCUCCUCCUCCUCCUCCUCCCUUUCCUCCUGGCGGGGGCUCCCGUGGCAGCACCCAAACGCCGUGAUUUUAAAGGUUCAAUA